UUGUAAUUUGGAAACUCACAUUUUGUUUUCCCAGGUAUGUUUCCAUUGUAGAAAACCUGGCCAUGGGAUUGCAGAUUGCCCGGCUGCUCUUGAGAAUCAAGAUAUGGGCACUGGAAUAUGUUAUCGGUGUGGGUCCACAGAGCAUGAAAUAACUAAGUGCAGAGCCAAAGUAGACCCAGCUCUUGGUGAAUUUCCUUUUGCAAAAUGUUUUGUUUGUGGGGAAAUGGGGCAUCUGUCCAGAUCUUGUCCUGAUAAUCCCAAAGGACUCUAUGCUGAUGGUGGUUGCUGCAGACUCUGUGGCUCUGUGGAACAUUUUAAGAAGGAUUGCCCUGAGAGUCAGAAUUCAGAUCGAAUGGUCACAGUUGGUCGCUGGGCAAAGGGAAUGAGUGCAGACUAUGAAGAAAUUUUGGAUGUGCCUAAACCACAGAAACCCAAGACAAAGAUUCCUAAAGUUGUUAAUUUUUGAUAACAGUUAGUACUAUCAUUGAUUACCACCUCAUUGUUUUUUUUUUUUAAAGAUUUUAUUUAUUUAUUUGACAGGAUAGAGACAGCCAGCGAGAGAGGGAACACAAGCAGGGGGAGUGGGAGAGGAAGAAGCAGGCUCCCAGUGGAGGAGCCUGAUGUGGGGCUCGAUCCCAUAACGCCGGGAUCACGCCCUGAGCCGAAGGCAGACGCUUAACCGCUGUGCCACCCAGGCGCCCCACCACCUCAUUGUUAAACAUUCUGAACUGGGCCUACUUCACAAACCGGAGCUGGGCUCCCUUGGAGACCUGUGUUGUAGAUACCAGUAUGGUCUGGGUACGGUCACAUAGUUGCCUGAGUGCUGUCCAUUUAAGUAUGCUGCUUUUUUUUUUUUUUUUUUUAAUGUUAUGUUAGUCACCAUACUGAAGUGUGCUUCUAUCACUGGAGAAGAUCACUGAAGAAAAGUAUAAGAUGUUUAAAUUCGAUUCUCUAAAAGAACAUUUUUAACAGGUACUGCUUCGGUAUAACUAAGUGAUUAUAUGCUUGUUUGUAACAAUCAUCUUUUUCUUAAAAACUAUGCAGUCAUGUGAACCACCCCUAAACAAAGUAUAACUGCUUUGCAUUUGGAAUUGCAUUUUGGGUUAUAUUGUUCUCUUGGUUCAAAAUAUCAAUUUAUUAUUAGGAAUUUAUAAGUUGCCACAAAAUCUGUAUUUUUAAAAUAUUUAAUAAAAAUCCAUUUGCUAUUUA